AUGCCAUUCAAAAGAAGUUCUUCAAUCACCGACAUUUGCAAAUACUUCGAAUCCAUAUGCGUUGUCAAGGAACACAAGGAUGAGAAACUUGGUAUAGUGGUGAAGCGUUCCAGCAUUUUAGAUACUUUGUAUAUAUCUGAGAUCAAGGACACCAGCAAGUUUGCGGGCUCCAAACUUCAGGUUGGAAUGGUCAUCUUAACCAUCAACACAGUGAGCCCCAAAACAGUCAAGGAGGUUCAAACAUUGAUGGAGGAAACAGAAGGUGAUUUGACAAUCAUGGCAGCAACCAUUAUCAAAGACAUUGAUAUCGGAAUUCGACCACGAAGACCAUCCAACACAAGCUUCAGUGAGAAGAUCUUAAAAAAUGAACCUGUAUUGGACUUGCCGCUCUCGGGGGUGAUCUCCUGUUACGUUGCUAUGGCGACACUUAUGGGAUUUGCUGUCUACUCAGCACCAUCAGCUUAA